AAUGUUAUAGGCUCGUUGCCGACAACGCUACCGGGACUCUCUGUGACGCAAACGUUGCUCGAAGGGCACUCCAAAAUACCCACAUAGCAGGCGCGCUUCAAGCUGCUAUAUCAUGACGUAUAAUAUAGAUACCUUUCUGUAUUAACUUAGAGCGUGAGGUCCUGCGCGAGUGUCCCCUCAGAAGUUUUUGCUCGGCGGGCCGUUUCCCUUGUCCUUGGAACCAUGGACUUUGCGGAAAGCUGGUGCAGCCUGCUCGAGCUGUUUGUCUCGAGCGCGGGUCUGAAGCUGCGUAUGCAGUUGGUGGACACGGUGCUGUUCAAGUCGGGGCGGGCGCUCGGCCACUUCUACACGAACCGUGAUGGCGCCGUGUGCCGCUUCAGCGCGCAUGAAAUCACCCGCUCGUCCAUCUACCAGCGGCUGGCCUCGCUGCACAACCUGGAUCCCAGCCUCAACCCCUACGGCUACAUCGCAGUGGCGCACUACAGCACCGGCGUGUCGCGACUGCUCAAGCGCGCGGAGCUGCAGGCCGUGAUGUCGGUCCUGAGCGGCCCCUACGAGUUCGGCGAGGCGCCGCCGCACCUGGCCGCGCAGCAUGAGGGCCUGUUCUGCCUGCAGAGCUACCUGGUGCCCGGCAGGGACCUGCGCUACAUCGCCGCCUACGACCUGAGCGAGGGGCCGCUGUGCACCGUGCUGGGCCGCCGCCACAGCGCGCGCUACACGCACGCGCUGGACGACCCCGCGCCGUCGCUGCCGCUGGAGGCGCUAUCGGACCCCGAUGAGCCCGGCUUCAACGGUCGGCCGCUGUCCUCCCAGGCCCUGGCCCGGCCCACCUCCGCCAUCGACGGCCGCCCGCUCUCAGGCGGCGGCGGCGGCGGUGGCGGCGGAGCCGACGGCUACGGCUAUGGCUAUGGCGGCGGCGACUCUCAGGGCGGCGCCGCUGUUCCUCGGGCCAGCCUCACCGCGGAGGAGUUGUUGGUGGAGAGCCAGCUGGUAGCCAUGGGGUUGCUGGAGCCGCGGAGGGCGGCCAGGGAGGGCCGCGGCGUGGGCGCCGGCGGCUACGGCGGCAUUGCAGAGGGCGACGAGGAGGGCGGCGGCGAGGAGGGCGGCGAGGGCGGUGGCGAUGGAGAGGAGGAGGGCGAGGGGGAGGAGGAGGCGGGCGGGUCGGCGCCGGACGGCGUGCGCAGCUCGCUGCCGGCCCCCAAGCGCGUCAAGGACGACGUAGCCAAGGUCCUGCAGACCAUCUCCUCCUUUGUGGAGCGCGCCCACGGCCAGCGCAUCGUCGGCCUGGUCGCAGAGUUCGUGGUGGCGGCAGGCCCCGGCGCGCCCGCAGGCAUGGGCGGCGCGCUGGCCCUCACGGCCGUGCAUGCGGUGCAGCUGGACCCGCGGGCCUCGCGCGGCCGGCUGGGCACCUUCACGGAGCGAUGGGGAGACUACCUGGAGGGGCUGGCGCCCGCGCCCGCGCCGCAGGCGCCCGCGCGCCGCAACCAGGCGCCCAGCGUGCUGCGUGGCGGCGACUCCUCGCUGGUGAUGACGGAUCGGGCCACGGGGCUGCUGCUGCGCACCUCGCCGGCGGCAGGCGGCGGCGGCGGCUUGGGGUCGGCUGCUGCGGCGGCGGCGUCCUCCAUGUCAGUCUCACCGUACAACGGAGCCAGCCUGGGCGUGGGCGGCGCGCUGUCGCCCUACGACCGCCUCAGCAUCAACGCGCCGCCGUCGCCAAGCGGCAGCCUCUUCAGCCCCGGCGGCGCCGCGCGCGGCGGCGGCGGAGCCGCCGUGCUGGCGGCUUCGCCGCGGCUGCCUGGUGCGCCGCCUAGCAGCCCCGGCGGCGCGCUCACGCGCAUCUACUCGGCGUCGCCCUCGGCGGCACACCACCGAGCGGUGGCGGCGGCGGGCGACUACACCGGCCGGCCGGGCUCGGCGCCGGCGGCGGUGGUCAAGGUGGGGCGGCACGUGGCCAACUCGGCGCACAGCUCCGCGGCCAAUGGGCACUACACGCUGCGAAACGCCAUGUCGGCCGCGCGCCCCGGCGGCGGCGGCAACCCCACCGGCACGCCCGGCGGGCCGGAGUCGUACAACCUGUGGCUCAACCGGGAAGGCGCCCCCACCGACUCCAUGAGCGCGCGCCUGGCGCUGGAGGUUGAGGCGCUGCGCGAGCGGCUGCAGCGCCAGACCGACAUCGCGGUGCGGGCGGAGGUGGCGCUGCAGCAGCUGGCGGUCAGCAGCGCGCGCGAGGCGGGCGAGCUGCGCAACCAGGUUGAGGAGCUGCGCAUCGAGGUGGGGCGGCUGGGCGAGGCCAAGCGCAACCUGGGCUCCGAGUACGAGCGCCUGCGCACCGAGCGCCUGGGGCUGCAGGCCGGCCGCAGCGAACUGGGCGGGGAGGUGGACCGGCUGCGGGAGCAGCUGGCGGCGGAGCGGGAGACGCUGUCGCGCGCGGUGCGAGACGCGGGGGGCCGCGAGGAGGGCCUGGAGGCGCAGCUGCGCGCGGCGCGGGAGGAGCGGGAGGAGGCGCUGGGGCAGCUGGGCGGGCUGCGGCGGCGCCUGGAGGAGGAGGGCGAGGUGGUGGAGGCGCUGCGGGGGCAGCUGUACGACUACAAACAGCUCACGGCGCAGCUGCAGGCGCAGGUGCGGCGCGGCCGCAACAACAAGCAGAUGCUUCAGAGCCUGGGUGGCCUGCCCUCCACCAUGCCCUCCGUGGUCAACAUGGGGGCCACGCUGCCGCCCGGCGGCGCAGGGGCGCUGGCAGGCAUGGGCGGCGGUGGCGGCGGCGGCGGCGGCGUGCGUGCCAGCACCACCAAGGAGGCCGACGACUCGGAUGCCGAGACGGAUUUGGCGGGGCCGGCGACGGCAGGGGCUGGAGGAGGAGGAGGGGAUCACACGCCGACGUCUGGCGGCGGCGCGGGACACCACAAGGCGACGGUCAGCGGCAGCGGCGUGUCUGCAAGGGCGGGGCCACAGGCAAUAAACUCUAGGGUGCCGACCGCGUACGCCGGCUCGAGACCCACCACCGCCGCCAGCACCAGCAGCGGCCCCAACCCUUUCCGUGACGAGUUCAACGCAGCCUCCGCGGGCCUCGCCAACCCCUACCGCGCCUCCACCGCCGCCGGCAUCGACCUCCGCGGCGCCGCCGCCGUCUCCGCCACCACCAUCACGCCCCGCGUUACCGGCGGGACCGCCGGGAAAUCCGGGGCGCCGUCUGCUGGCGGCGCCGCGGCCGCGGCGGCGGCGCCGCCGCCGCCGCUCUCCACCGCGGAGCUCUCCGCCGGCGCCUUCAGCUCGCUGCUUGGAGACGUGCGCCGGCGCCGCCUCGGGGCCGACGCCACACCGCUGACCAUUGAUCGCGUUGCCUCCAGCCGCGACCUCGCAGCCGGCGGCGGAGCGGGAGGCACUGGUGCCGUACCUCUCGCCUCGCCAACCGGAAGCGUCGGCGCCACUGUCACCUUUACCAAGGACGCCGCCGGAGGCAGCGGAGCCGGCGGCGGCGGCUCCGCCGCUACCACGUCCGCUCCUGCGUUGGGCGCUCGCAAGCCCAACUACGACCACAUCGUGGCGCAUGACCUGUUCCUGUUGAGCUGGACCCGGGAGGCGCUGACGGCUCGCAUGCUGGAGUGCCACGGCGGUGCGGUGAAGCUGCUGGCGGAGCAGGAGACCACACUCGCGGAGAUAUUCAACUUCUACGCGCAGCUGGGGCAGGUGGUGUGGCUGGACAACUGCCUCACCAUGAACGAGCGACAGUUCGUCAAGCUGGCGUGUGAGACGGGUGUGCUGGAGGCGUCCGUGGAGGAGACCCGCGAGGCAUUCCGCAAGGUGUCCGACAAGACCGAGUUCGGCAGUGAGGAGGCCGCCAACCACCCCCUGCCCUUCAUCUACUUCGAGCAGUUCCCGGAGGCUGUGCUGCGGCUGGCGGCACUGCGCUACGAGUGGCGCCCGCCCGAGAACCUGGAGGACGCGGAGGAGGAGCUCUACUUUGCCGCGCCGCCCUUCAUGCCGCCCAACCCCUCGCGAGCAGACGACGCCGCAGACACGCCGCCACGGCCGCCCGAGACCACCUUGCUGCAGAUCAUCAAGACCUACCUGCGCGACGACCUGUUGCCCCGAGCCCGCCGCCACAAGACCGCCGGCAGCGCCCGUGCGCGCAUCAAGUCCGCCAAGCGCACCGCGCCGCAGGGGCUUUGGGUCAGCGGCAAGUCCACCACUGCGGGCGUGUAGGGGAUGGGGCGCCCGUAGGCGUGCGGGGAGGCGUGGAGGGAGGGGUAAGGGAGGAGGACAAGAGGCUGAUGAGCAGGAGACUAAGCAGCGCAUAGGGAGGAGAGGCGCACAGGCGUUCGGCCGGAACAUAUGGAGGAGGGUGUUCGGAGGAGGAGCAGAUUGUGUGUGAGCGCGGUCGCGCGGAGGUGGUAGUUAGGGAUAGGUCAGGAACUCUCAAUGGUUAACAUGCGCAGCUCAGGAAGGGGCGGGAGCGGGCACUCUGCGGGGAUGUUGGAUAGGCAGGGGAAAGGCAGUGGUCCCUUGAUGUGUCAUGUGUGGUGAUGGUCGAGGCUGAGGUCGUGCACACCACACACGCGCAAAUGCUUGAGCUGAGGCAUGGACUUGGGGAAACCGGGAAAGCCGCACGCAAGGCUGUUGGCGGAGUCUGAUACGGCAAGCAAGCGGUGAUGAUGGACAGCGCCAUUGAGAGCGGCUGGCUGCUGGUGCGGAACCUGUUUACCGUACUGGUGGCUUAGUUACUGGGUUCCAGGUAUGCAGGCUGCACUGUCAAGGGAUAGGGGCUGGCGUACGGAUUGCGCUGAUACCGUAUUCCGAGAUCACAACCGUAUUCCAAACUUGAACCGAAUACUGUUUUCACAAGGCAGGAAGGCACGCACAGAUCGUGUGCACCACCUUGUAACCACACGCACAA